AUGAUCCGUAUCAUCACACACUACGCACAGAUGCUCUCAUUACCAAACGCUAAACGACGCGCACCUGAGCAGUGGGUACCAUCUGUGGAGCAAACGAGGAGUGAUGAGGAUGUAUCCCCACUGAAACAGGGCGUUGAUCUAAAGUGGUUUGUAUAUGAGAUGCUCAACCUAGUAGGGUGUCUUGAGGACGAUGCCAGACACGCUUGUAUGCACUUGACCUCGGCCCUGUGCCCUCACAUAUUGGGCACAAAUGCGCCUGCACUCGGUUCCAAAUAUCUGGACCAAAAGGCACCUGUUACCGGUGCACGGGAGGCGCUGCGGGUGUUUCUGAGAGAGCGAUGUAGUGCUAACGGUGGUAAUGAAUGGUUGGUGGCUGUGUUCGAACGAGGACUAAGAGCUUUGGAUAGCUCUAUUGACGUGGAGGUGGAUCAUAGUCUAUCGCUUAGCAACGCACUUCUCGCGGCACUUGAUUGCUACCACUGGGUGCUGAGUCUUGAUGCCAUGGACCCCGAAGCGCUACUAGAAACAGAUUUUGGAUCUCAGUUGGUGCCGUGGUUAAACAAGUACUUCGACUCAGUGGGAAAGCAG